UUGCUUAAUUCGCACAGUCCCAUUGGCAAAGGAUUUAAGGCACCACUUCGCAAUGGAACAAUUUCCCAGCAAGGAAAAAGGAUGCUUACAUUGUCGUCAAGAAUGAUGACACUGCGACUUCCAUCCGGGGAGCUAGCUGCUCAGCAUGGGAGACGCAUGUCAGUCAUCAGCGUGGCCUUUACGCUAAAAAGUGUUGCACAGCUGGCAGAAGCGCUGUUCCAGGCGGGCGCAUGCAGUUACAUCACUACGUACCGCCUCAGCCAGGACCACUUGGAACUGUUCUUCAGCUGCAUCAGGCAAAGAGGAGGAUGGAAUAACAACCCAUCAGCUUCCCAAUUCCGUCAUGCCUACAGGAAGCUUCUGAUACACGCUGAAGUUCAGGCCCCAAGCUCUGCGAAUGUCGCGCCUACAGUGGAAGGCAUAGAGACACUCGGUCACCAGGGCAAGCCGCGAAGGGAGGAAAGUGCAGGUGAGGAGACUCCCACUGCAGAAGUUCCUGCAGAGGACAACAUCUGUGCCCUUCUACAGUGUGCUGACCAUGACUACGGGGAAUCAUCCAGACUCAGCAGGUUCAGCGAGGAUAUUGUUGCCUAUAUUGGAGGAUAUGUUGUUAGAAUUGUCUCCUCAAAACUCACCUGUAAUGGUUGUUUGGACACACUCCUAGAUGACGAGACAUCAAGUGUUCUCAUCAUGCUCAGGGACAAUGGAGGGCUGGUUAAACCAUCCUCCUUUGUUACACGUCUGCUGUGUUGCGCUCAGCAGACCUUUCGUCUCGAGAAAUUGAGGUCUGUGAAGCUUGUAGUGCGGGUGAUCGUUUUGAAAUCGUUUAAUCACUUCAUCCUAACACACGGUGACAAGCUACCACUGUGCCAGCACUAUGCAGAGGAGCCUGAUCACAUAAUUUCACUGGCGAAAGUGAUCCUGCAAAAGUAUGCUGGCAUCAGAUUAAGAGAACAUAGUCGAAGAAUUACAGAAGCAAGUCGUGGUGCCCAAGUGAGGCAGAUGCUCACGAAACAAAUCUUGUUCCGCAAUCAGUAGAUGCCCUAAAUCGUCGUCGUCUUCGCUCGCCCCAAGUGGACCUGCGACCCAAAAUUUAUUUUUUCUUCUUACAUAUACCUGUGUGCCUUGAUGAAAACACUAACAGUUUACGACGCUUUCCUACAUUGUUGCAUUGUUAUAACGCGCAAACGACGGAACAAGGUAGGAGUGAUACACAGGCAGUAACAUGUAUCACGAAUUUCGCUUGUUGUCCCUGUUAAUGACCAACAACCACGGCAAAUAAAGGCC